UGGUGUGCGUUUGCUGAGAGAGAGAGAAAGUUAGAGAGAGAGAGAGAGAGACGAUGUUGAGACAUAAAUAUUCAUAAUUCAUACAAGAAGACAUCUUUUUAAUUAAAAAAAAAAUACUUGUUUUUAGUUCUCUCUUUCGAGAAGGCGAUUGCAGAGAACAACAGCACUCUCCCACUACAAAUUAAGAGCAACAAAGAGAUAGACAAGGAGAGAAAGAGAAAGAUAGAGAGAGAAACGACAGCCUCAGAAACAGCAGACAGAGAGAGAAAGAAAAACAAUUCAAGAUUCAAGAGUGUGUUUUUUUUUUUUUUUUCCUUUUAAUUUUUUUUUAUCUUUUCUUUCUAGAAUCCCACAGAAGAAGAAAACGAUGUCUGAGGGCUUCCCACCCUUUUACAGCCUGCAACUAUAAGAGAGAGAGGUGCGAGAAGGAGGAGAUAGAUGAUGAUGAAGAAGAUAGAGAUAGUGAUAUGGGAAUAGCCACACCAGCAGUCCCUCCGGUUACCUCUCACUCCAAAGGCUACAAUUCUCUACAGUUCGUGGGCAAGCAACACCUCUCAAUUUCUAUGUCCCAAGAUUAUCAUCAAGGAAUCUUCAGCUUCUCGAAUGGAUUCGAGAGAUCACAGCAGGAGCAGCAGCAGCACCAUAUAGCCCAGCAGAUCCGCCGCGACAAGCUCCGCGUCCAGGGCUUCGAGCCGCCGCUGGUCGGUAUGGACGAGGAGGAAUCCACCGGCCUCCCCGUCUACGAGACCGCCGGUAUUCUAUCGGAGAUGUUCAGCUUCCCCUCCGCCGGCGGCGCCACCGCCACCGAAUUGCUCGAGAGCCAGAUUCUGCAGAGCUACCGGAAUCCGCGGGGCGGGGAGUGGUUCCCGCCGCGGCAAGGGAUGGUCGUGGGCGGGGAUUUAGGCGAAUUGAAGAACCAAAAUCAUCAGCAUCAUCAACCUCAGCCGCAACCGCAACCGCAGCAGCAUCAGAUUCCGAGCAUUAAUGCCGACGCGGCCAUGCAGCUUUUCCUGAUGAACCCUCAGCAGCAGCGGCAGCAGCGGUCGCCGUCGCCGUCGCCUUCUCAUCCGCCGCCGCCCUCGCAAUCCACCUCCUCCACUCUCCACAUGCUGCUGCCGCACCACUCCUCGUCGUCGUCCUCGGCCGCCCUCCACCACGGCGGCGGAUUCGGGCAAUUCACGUGGCUCCCCAACAGCGGCAACGAGAGCAACCCUAGCGACAUCCCCGGGGGAGUCGUGGAGGGGCAAGGGCUCUCGUUGUCGCUGUCGUCGUCGCUCCAGCACCUCGAGGCGGCGAAAGCCGACGAGCUGAGGAUGGGGGAAGGGAACAUGCUCUUCUUCGGGCAAGGCUCGGCUCCGGCGCAGUACCACAUGAAGAGCCUCGGCGCCGGCGGGGGAGGAGCGAUGCCCUCCUCCUCCUACGGCGCCGUGAAUAUGCUCCGCAACUCCAAAUACGCGAAGGCGGCGCAGGAGUUGCUGGAGGAGUUCUGCAGCGUCGGGAGGGGCCACUUCAAGAAAAACAAGCUCCGGAGGCAGAAUAACAACGACGGAAACCCUAAUUCCAACCCCAACGGCGGCGGCGGCGGCGGAAACUCCUCCUCCUCGUCUAAAGAUAAUCCGCCCUUAUCCGCGGCGGACAGGCUCGAGCAUCAGAGGAGAAAGGUCAAACUAUUAUCCAUGCUUGACGAGGUGGACCGAAGGUACAACCACUACUGCGAGCAGAUGCAGAUGGUGGUGAACUCAUUCGACAUGGUGAUGGGGUUCGGCGCGGCGGUGCCGUACACCUCCCUCGCGCAGAAGGCGAUGUCCCGCCACUUCCGCUGCCUCAAGGACGCCAUCGCCGCCCAGCUCAAGCUCAGCUGCGACCUCCUCGGGGAGAAGGACGCCGGCACCUCCGGCGUCACUAAAGGCGAAACGCCCCGGCUCCGGAUGCUCGAUCAGAGCCUCCGUCAGCAGCGGGCGUUUCACCAGAUGGGAAUCAUGGAGCAGGAAGCAUGGCGGCCGCAAAGGGGCCUCCCCGAGCGAUCGGUCAACAUUUUGAGGGCUUGGCUUUUCGAGCAUUUUCUCCACCCGUACCCAAGCGAUGCAGAUAAGCAUCUGUUGGCCCGACAGACUGGUCUAUCGAGAAACCAGGUCUCGAACUGGUUCAUUAAUGCGAGGGUCCGGUUGUGGAAACCCAUGGUGGAGGAGAUGUACCAGCAAGAAGCCAAAGACGAGUCUGGCAACGAGCAAGAGCGGGACCAAAGCAGCGGCAGCGCACAGACUCCAACGCCUCACACCGCCACCACUUCCGCUACCACCGCAAUUACUCCUCCGCCACCAAACCGAUCCGACUCUGCGCACGACAACGACCCUUCAUUCGUCGCAAUUAAUACGCACUGCUUCACGGAUAACCACGCCACCAACGCCGCCGCCGACGACAUGCCGCCGCCCGCCGCGGAUGCGCUCGUAAGGUUCGGCGCCAAUGCCGGCGACGUCUCGCUCACGCUCGGCCUGCGUCACGCCGGAAACUUGCCGGAGAAGAGUCCCUUCUCUGUUAGAGAUUUUGGGGGCUGUUGAUUAAUUAUUAUUUUUUUUUUUAAGAAAAAAUACCGGUGCUUUUAAUAAGAAAUUAAACCCUUGUUGCUUUUUUUUUGUUUUUUUUUUUUUUUUUUUGUCUCAUGUUAGUGUUUUUUUUUUUUUCUCUCACUUUUUCUCUACCUAGAGAAACAUAUAAUGAGAAUGGUAGAAACUCAUGAUAGCAAGGUUUACGAGGUUUAUUAUAAUUGUAUAGUUGAAAGUUUUGCACACCUUUGUUUUUCCUCUUCUGGUAUUUGAACGUUACCUGCAAACCUUGUAUUUCUAUUUUAAUGAAAAUUAUAUGGUAUUACUAUGUCA